AUGGGCGAAACCACCAUGGAUAUUCGCACCAAGAAUCUCACCAAACCUGUAGACGUGGCAGAGUAUCUCUUCCAACGUCUCCACCAGAUCGGCGUCCGGUCUGUCCAUGGGUUGCCUGGCGAUUACAACCUCGUCGCGCUCGACUACCUCCCCAAGGCGAAUCUGAAAUGGGUCGGGAGUGUCAAUGAGUUGAAUGCCGCCUAUGCCGCUGACGGCUAUGCCCGCAUCAAGGGCAUCAGCGCCCUCAUCACCACCUUUGGCGUCGGCGAGCUGUCGGCGCUGAACGGCAUCGCAGGUGCCUACAGCGAGAUGGUGCCGGUCGUGCAUAUCGUCGGCUGCCCCAGCACCGUCUCGCAGCGCAACGGCAUGCUGCUGCAUCACACGCUGGGCAACGGCGACUUCAACGUCUUUGCCGAGAUGUCCAGCAAGGUGUCGUGCGCCGUCGCCAAGCUCAACGACCCGGCCGAGGUCGCCGCCCAGAUCGACCACGCCCUGCGCGAGUGCUGGCUUAAGAGCCGGCCCGUCUACCUCAUGCUGCCCACCGACGUCGUCACGGCCAAGGUCGAGGGCCAGCGCCUGGACCAGCCCAUCGACCUCAGCGAGCCCACCAACGAGGCCGAGCGCGAGGACUACGUCGUCGACGUCGUCCUGCGCUACCUGCACGCGGCCAAGAACCCCAUCCUCCUCGUCGACGCCUGCGCCAUCCGGCACCGCGUGCUGAAGGAGACGCACGCGCUGAUCGAGAAGACCGGCAUCCCCGUCUUCGUGACGCCCAUGGGCAAGGGCGCCAUCGACGAGACGCACGCCAGCUUCGGCGGCGUCUACGCCGGCGACGCCAGCCACCCGGACGUCAAGGAGGCCGUCGAGAGCUCGGACCUGGUGCUGACCGUCGGCGCGCUCAAGAGCGACUUCAACACGGCCGGCUUUAGCUACCGCCUCAGCCAGCUCAACACGAUCGACUUCCACUCCAACUACUGCGCCGUCCGGUACUCGGAGUACCCGGGCGUCAAGAUGCGCGGGGUCCUGGCCAAGGUCACGGACCGCGUCGACGUGAAGCAGCUCAGCGUUCAGAAGGCGCCCAAGGGGACCGAGACGGUUGGCAAGGCCGACGCCGGCGACGCCGGCCCCAUCCUGCAGGAGUGGUUCUGGCCGCGGGUUACGGGCUUCCUCAAGGACGACGACAUCGUGGUCACGGAGACGGGCACGGCCAACUUCGGCAUCUGGGACACGAGGUUCCCCAGGGGUGCCACGGGCCUGAACCAGACGCUCUGGGGAAGUAUCGGAUGGGCUGUUGGCGCUUGCCAGGGCGCGGCGCUUGGGGCCAAAGACGCGAACGCGAACAGGAGAACGAUUCUUUUCGAGGGAGACGGCAGUUUCCAGCUCACGGCGCAGGAGCUGAGCACCAUCAUCAAGCACCAGCUCGAUGUCAUUUUUUUCGUUAUCUGUAACGAGGGUUACACGAUCGAGCGCUUCAUCCAUGGCAUGGACGCGGAAUACAACGACGUGGUGACCUGGGACUACAAGGCGCUGGCAGACGUGUUCAGCGGCGGCGACGCCGGCCGCACCGGCUCCAAGAAGUACGUGGUCAAGACCAAGGCCGACGUCGAGAAGCUGUUCGCCGACCGCGACUUCAACGAACGGAAGGGUCUGCGCUUCGUCGAGAUCUACAUGCCCAAGGAGGACGCACCCCGCAGCCUCAUGAUGACGGCCGAGGCCAGCGCGCGGAAUAAUGCCAAGACGGAGUAG